GAGGAAGAGGAAGAGGAGGAAGAGGAGGAAGAGGAGGAGGGGGCGUGGCCGGAGCAGAGAGCCGGGACUGGCGGAGGGCAGAGAGGCGCGGGCGACGGACCGGCGGGAUGCGGCGGUGCCGGAGCUCAGGGCUGGCGGGACUGGCCGCGGUGCUCCUGGUGGCUGUGGGCAGAGCCCAGGUGCACCAGGAGCCAUCGGCAGAGGCCACCGAGGGUGUCGGCAUCAGCAUCAACUGCUCACAUCCCAACAGACAGUCAAACGAGUUUGUCCUCUGGUAUCGUCAGUUCCUGGGCCGAGGUCCCGAACUCCUCGUGUGGGGUAUUAAAGGCUCCAAAGCGCUGUCGGACCCGCCGGGUUGGUUGUCGGUGGCGGCAGACGGCCGGUCCAGCGCCCUGUGGCUCGAACGGCCCCGGCGCGGGGACGCGGCGGUGUAUUACUGCGCCGUGGGAGACACGGGGAGAGGAGCCGGGGCUGCGGUCGGACACGAACCGCCGCGGGGGGGGCCGGACGGGCGUGGCGAGGGCGGGGGGACAGUCCUGGUCGACCCGCCAGGGGGCGCUGCCACUCCGCCCGCCAGGGCCGCCUCGCCUCGCCCGACCUCGCAGCGGUUUCCCCGUCCGACCAGCACCGGCUUCAGCAUCAACACCGGCAUCGACAUCGACAUCGGCACUAGCUUCACUCCCAGCGGGACGCGACAGCGGGGAGGAAUCUCGAGCGGAGCGGUGCCAGUGUUUGGCGGUGCCCGGGAAGGAGCGGUUGCAGCCGCUGUUCCCGGCGGCUCCCGGAGAGGAGCAGAGACUUUCUGCUCUGCAGAGGGAGGUGAGCAGCAGAGAUCCUCCUGCCCACGGGCAGCCGCACAGCCCUCGCUCCUGCGACACCAACGGCCCAUUGCUGCUGCUCAACGGGCAGGGCCUGGGGAUCUCUUUCAGAAUCCAGCUGACUCCAUGCACAAGCAAGCAAUUGCUUUGACACCAUAGCAGAACUGCUUUCUUGCUGGUAAGUUUGUAAAAAGGCUCAGAUACACAAUUACAAAUGUAAUCCUCCAGCUUCACACUCUACUUCGCAGAUGCUCCUUUUGGUGUUAGAAAGUCAAUCUGUAGACACUGAAGUUCUACCUCGGCACGAAUAUGAGAAGGAGACAAUGAGUGUCGCAGACACCUGCAAGUCUAUCCCACAGUGGUUGGUGUUUGGGACAUAGAGCUUGUUGCACAGGAUUCCUCUUCACCUCAGAUUGAGAGCCUUUGGUGUUGAAGUGAAACCCAGGAGACAGGAAAGAAUCUUGAACUGGUCACUUGUUGAAAGGCACACCUGAUGCUCAAGUUCAGACCUCAAGAGUGAGCCACAAAGAGACCUGCUAAGUUGCUCUACAGGGCUGAGGGUCUGAGGUCAAGAAGAGGCUUCUGGGCCCAGACAGGCCCCAGAUCCCUGGUCCUGGGUCCAGACAGGCCCCAGGGAGGCCCGUGUAGAUAUAGGAGCUGACACAGCUCUGAAAGCCCAUGUCCACAGGCUUUAGAAACAGAGAACCCUGUUCCCUGCCUCAUCUGGGGACUGUUGUGGCAGCUGUAGUUGUAUUACAAGGGAACUCCUGGCAGGUUUCCAGUCACUGGAGAGCAAAGCCCAGAGUCCUUCUGCCACGGCCUUGACUGAACAACAGGACUCUGAAGGCCUUGUGGUAGCACGUUUGGGAAUGGGAGCUGCUAUACUAAAAACCAGUUUUCUGCAGUUCCUGCCAACUGUGUGAGCAAAGGGCCCUGGGUGAAAAGUGGCAGAGGAGCCCUGCUCCAGGCAUCAGACAUCAGAAGACAUUAAAGUCAAACAGCCCUUUUUCUUGCCUGUGUAUUGGGGUUUAGGGCCCCAGGGCAGAACCAGAAGCUGGAGAUUGCAGGUAAUGUGGGGAGGUCAAGGAUCACAGCAGGACUGCCUGUACAAUGGGGAGUGUGUUACCCUGUCAUCCCAAGUGAUAUGGGUCUGCUCUGCCAGCCCUAUUAGAGGCUAUUUAUUUCAGAGGACCCUAGUCAACAUUGGUGGGGAACUGAUGGCAGCCCUCAGUGUCCUGCACUCCAUUGUGUCUCAGGUCCCAAAAGCAAGGAAGGACAAGCAGGACAGAUCCAGGCUCAGGCUCUUUCUCCAACAUCACUGGGCUGUCCUAGGGAUUUUCCCAAAUACCACUGAGAAAGAGAGCACAGCUGACAAGAGUGGGCAUCAGCCUGUUCUUGGGCACUGGUGCCUGGGCCUGGCUGCAGGACUAAAAGCCAAGUGCCCAACACUGGUGGGCACAGGAGAAUUGCCCCCAGAAGCACCACUGCUUCCAGAAGGGAGGAGCAGACAUUCAGUCCAGACUCAAUCUUUUCACUUGUAGAGCUCAGGUGAUAUCAGUCCCACACUGCUGAUAAAGGUGUAUCUGCCAUGUUGAUGCCUCCUCCUUAUGAAGUAGUGACAUGGACUCCCUUCAACAUCACUGUGCAGAAAGAAGAGCUUUGAGAACAC